CUCAUUCGCAAAUUUCAAAAAACCAAAAGAUCAACCAGAAAAAUGAGCGCAAAGGGCCACUCGAAGGCAACAACAAGCUCUGGAUUGCCGCUGGACGUGGUGCGGCUGCGCGAUGCAUACGACGUGGCUCUGCUCAAGGGUCUGUACGACCAGCUGAUGGUGCCGUCGUUUGGCAUGUUCGAGUCCGAGCUCGAGGCGUGCGAGACCUGGGAGGAGCUGCUCAACCCGGCCACCCGCGACAGCGUCCGAGACGAGUACGAUCUCCACGCCGUCUGCCUGCUCGACGACUCGCCCGAGGUCGCAUCCAAGCCCGCCGUCGAGCGCAUUGCCGCCGCCGUCAUGUGCGAGUACUACCCAAAGUCCAACUGCGGCCUGAUGACUUACAUUGCCGUUGCCGACUCGAUGCGCAAGCACGGUCUUGGCCGUGUCCUCGUCUCCGAGACGCUUGCCGCGCUCCACCAGUCUGCCCAAGCAGCUGGUAAGGCUGGCUGCGCUGCCGUCUUCCUCGAAACCAACUCGGACGCCGUCGACGCCGAGAAGGACGUCAUGGUGCCUGCCGAGCGCAGGAAGGUGCUGCACCGCCUUGGCUUUCGGAUUCUGGACUGCACCUACGUCCAGCCCGCCCUGUCUGCCGAGCAGGAAAAGUGCACCGAUCUGUUGCUCGCCGUGCACAACUCGUUCCUGGGCGACACGCCUGUCGCUGAGCUUCCUGCCGCCACUGCUUCGGCUGCUGCUGCCACUGCUGCUGGCGCUUUGACCCGCAAGACGCUGUCCUCGCCCCUCAUCCUUGCCUUUAUGGAAGAGUUCUUCUCGGUGCUGAUGGGCGCCGAGUCGCUCAAGACAGAUGCCGACUUUUUGGCCAUCCAGAAGGAGCUCCAGCCCCAAAAGGUUGUCACUGCGCAGGAUUAGCAUCAAGGCAAAUGUGCUGCCGGCAAACCAUUUAGUGAUGACACUUUCUGUGUGCUUGUGUAAACCAUUAUCCAAGUUGUGCGACGCUUUUUUCGUUAAACUGAUUGCUUUUUCAGAACAUUUUUUUUUUGAAAAACUGUAUAAUUUCAAUCAAUCUCGAUGAGGA